AUGGAGCCCGUCGUCUACGAUGAGACGCCUCUGGCCGAGUAUCUCAAAGAUGGAGGAGAAGGGUCCGACGUCGACUGGGCGGCCGUCGACAGCUCCCCGCCGCGUCCGUCGUCGUCGCGAUGCGGCUCCUCAAUGUCCUCACCGCCCGCCAGCCCCUCGCCCUUUGCGCCCACCGGCCGGCCGCUCGUCAAGCCUCGCUUUCGCAGCGCAGCGCCGCCCGCGAUACAUUCUGCGAUACCUGGCGCCUUGUCUACGGCAUCGCGGUCUUCGACGUUGCGGACGCUCAGGCGAAACUGCUCUGCUGCGGUAGUUGCAAGCAUCGAUCGCGCCGACAAUGCCAAGUUCCUCGAGCAGUUUCGCUACACUAUCGUCGCGUCCCAGCUGCUCAGCGGCCACUCCAUCGUUAGCCACCGCGCCUCGAUUACCUCGAAACCUAGCGCCCUCACGACCGAGUCGAGCCAAGCGCUGCUAUCGACCGAAGGCAUCGCAGCGUCGAUCCUUGGGGCUCUGGCCGUCGCUGUAGUGCUGAGCUGGCUCCGUGGCAGCACAAAAUCCUACGUGACGCGGAAGCGACUGGCAGUGCUGGUGGCCCUGCUCGCAGCCUCGGGCUUUGUCGGACAGGUCUACAUGAAGCGCCAGUGGCUGCGAUACCGACGCGAACAAUCCUUGUCGGAGAUGGUUGCCUUUGUAACAAACUCGCACGACUUUGACAGCGCAACCGAGGCAACCCUGUCGUUGGUACAGGAGGUGGAGUUGGUUUCGCGGGGAUAUCGAAUCACGGCACCCCUGCCGCCCAUCAGCCGCCUCGAGGACCGCAGCCAGAGCCGGAAAUGCGUGCGGCUGCGACGUGCACUCAGGAGCGCCUUGGGCGACUCCCUCAAGACAUACAACCACAUUUCAUCCGUAGUGAGGGCAUUCUCGGAGCAGACGGAGCUGGAAAAGUACUACGACAUGUACGAUGUCACCGACCUGGACAUGUCCGACGCGCUCCAGGGCUUCAGCGAGGACGAGUUCGACGACCCUGAGUCGUUGCGCACGCUCAAAAUCUUGGCCGCGCGCUUCCACACAACGCGAAAGAUGCUUCUCUGCGCCCUGCUCGCUUUUGACGCCAAUGGCGAGAGCACCGACUUGCUCCGGUGGAGCACGGCAGUCGAAUCGCUCCGCAGCCUGAACAAGACGACCAAGGAGUCGUACCUCAAGAUGCAGUCUAUCCUGAGCGAAGAGGAGUCUUUCCCUGUCCCAGCCACACCCAAGAUACCCCUCACGCCAAACAGGGAACGCUGGCGCUCGCAGCUGCGCAAGCUCAACUCGCUGUCGACGGGAAUCAGGGGCCUGCAGGCCAAACUUCAUCUCCUACGGGAAGAGUCGGAUCGGGCGUUAGAUGACUCCAACGACGUGUCGGAGCUGGGGCCGAACCUCAUGUCGCAGUACGAGUCUAUCGGGGUAGACCUGAGGGACCUCAUGGCGGCAUGGGAAGAGGGCAAGACGGCGUUGGCACUCGGCAUCGAUAGGAACGAGAAGAGGCUCUCGUCGAUGAGCACAGCCCUCUCGCCGACGACAUCGCUCAGCGGGCUCACGACGGUGGGCGAGGGCGGCACGGCGGACGCGCUCAAGGCUCUGACGGGAGAGUCGCCGCCCAGCUCAGAGGCGCCGGAGCCCGAUACGCCCGAGGUGUUCGAGGCGGUGGCACUUCCGCGGCCGCGUAGCCUGCUGACAAGAGAGGAGCGCAUCGCCAAGAUGAAGGACGAGCGAGAGCAGAAGGCCCUAGCCAGACAGCAGAUGGACGCGACGAGGGGGAUGUUGCGGGAGCUCGAGACGGUCAUCAACCUACGGCCGAGAAACCGGGCCAGCACCCCGGCUCCAGGACGGGUGUCGAUGUGA